AUUACUAUGGAAUAAAAAAUGCAGAAAAAUGGGAACAAAUUCUUCCGAUUCUGAGACUACUGAUGUAAGUGUAGAUAAUUCGGAUAAUGAAUUAUUAGAAACUUCUAAGCUCACAGGAGUUGUGGCAAAAGGAAAGAUGAAUUCAGCUGGCAAAGUUUCCAUAAAUGACAGAACUAGAUCUGCAAAUAAUCUCAACGCUCUAAUUCUUGAAAAGCUAAAAAAUGUCCCUAAAAAGAAGAUUGUAAAAGUAAUAAAACCAAAAAGAUGGGUGGACACAGAAUAUGAGCCAAUAAAAGAAAAUGGUGUCUAUAAAUGUCCAAAAUGUUUUAAGCAGUUUAGUCGUAAUUGGGUUUUACUUGGGCAUAUUAGAAUGCAUACUGGGGAAAAACCGUUUAGGUGUCCUGAAGAUACCUGUGCAAGACGCUACAGUGAUCGCUCAAAUUUGAGGGCUCAUCAACGAAUGAGAGGUCACCAUGACUGGAAACACGUGUGUCAUCAAUGUACCAAACCAUUCUCAAAACUACUUUACCUAAAGCGUCAUUCCAUAGAAUCGUGCCGAAAAUAUUUAUUCAAAAGUCUGAAUUAAUUUAUUUAUAUUGAAUUUUUGGUUUCAGUAGUUCGACUGUCGACCACUGUCUGGACAGUGGAUUUGCAAAAAAUUUUCUAUAUCUUGGUUGACUCCAAUGAAAGGGAAACAGCAA